CUCGCCACAAACUAUGAAGCUUGUGGGCAAGAAGUUCGACCGGACGGGCUCGGGCUAUGUGGUGGUCAUUCCAAACGAGUUGGACGAUCUGUGGCAUGUAUACAACCUCAUUGCGCCUGGAGAUGUGCUGGAAAUGUCGACGGUCCGCAAGGUUGUCCGCUCGACCGCCACGGGCUCGUCCGAGGCCGAGCGCAAGAAGAUCCGGCUCGCUAUCCGUGUCGAGCGGGUGUCGUACGAGGCGGCGGACUCGGAGAUCCGCGUCUCGGGGCGCAACGUCUCCGAGUCCAAGGACGUCAAGCUUGGCGGGUACCACUCGCACACCAUUGUGCUCAACCGCAAGCUGAAGUUGAGCAAGGAUGAGUGGGACUCGAUGUACCACGACCGGCUCAAGGAGGCUUGUGACGUGAGAUCGGCGGCCGAGGUUGCUGCGGUUGUCAUGCAAGAGGGUCUCGCGUACGUCUGCCUCAUCACCUCGUCGAUGACUGUCGUUCGGCAAAAGAUCGAAAUGGCCAUUCCACGAAAGCGCAAGCACUCGGCGGCACAACACGACAAGGCGCUUGCCCGCUUCUUUGCCGCCAUCUACGUGGCGCUCAAGACACACAUCGACCUCGACCGCAUCAAGGUCUGUAUCCUCGCCUCACCCGGCUUUGUCAACGCCUCGGCCCUUGAUGCCAUCAUGGCCAAGGCCACCGCUGCCGAGGACCGCGCCAUGCUCGAGUUCCGCCCCAAGUUCCUCCUCGCCCACUCGUCGUCCGGCCACAAACACGCGCUCAAGGAAGUUCUGGCCGACCCGGGCGUUGUCGCCCAGAUGUCCGACACCAAGGCGGCGUCCGAGGUCGCCCUUCUGGCCCGUUUCUUUGACACGCUGCGCGUUGACGAGGACUCGGCCUGCUACGGCCUCCGCCACGUCCGCCUCGCCGUCGCCAUGGGCGCCGUCGAGGUCCUCCUCCUCACCGACAACCUCUUCCGCGCCGAUUCGCUCGCCGAGCGCGCCCAAUACGUCGGUCUUGUCGAGGAAGUCCGCGAGUCGGGCGGCAACGCCGUCAUUCUCUCCACCCUCCACGUCUCGGGCGAGCAGCUGGCCCAGCUCACCGGCAUCGCCGCCAUCCUCCGCUUCCCAAUCCCGCACCUCGGCGAGCACGAGGACGAACCGGAUCCCGACGCUGAGGACGACGAUUACUCGUACGAGUCAUCGUCAUCGUAGGAUCCAGCACAUAUGAAUCAAGUACUCGUUCGUACCCUGGUCCAUUAUUCUUCGCCGUCUUGCCUCUGCAAGGCGACCUUGCAAGCCAAGGCUGACGUUGACCGAAUCCGACCCAAUGAAAAGGUUGGCAGUCUCGAGCCAUCGAC